AUGAACAUCGCAAAAUCGUGUGAAAUUCUUUACGACUCAUUUUUUGUCAUUCACCGUAUUUCAGAAAAAAAUGAAACUUUCCAUACUGUAUCUCCUUUUCUUGUCGAAAAGGCUAUCUUUGGUUCUCUUGGCGAAGUAAAUUCUAUUCGUAAGCUGCGUUCAGGUGACUUGCUUGUAGAGGUAAAAUCUCUGAAGCAGUCCCAUCAAAUACUUAAGCUUAAAAGUUUAUCAACUAUACCUGUUUCUGUUAAGGCUCAUUCUUCCCUUAUUAACAGUAAAGGCGUGAUAACAUGUGGCGAAUUAUUUAAUGAAACGGUGGAAAAAAUUACCGAGGAUUUCCGGUCUGAAGGAGUAACUCAUGUACGCCGUAUUAAUAUUCGACGGGAUGGACAACUCCUUCCUACAAAACACUUAAUUCUUACGUUUCAUAAACCUAAACUACCCGAAACUGUCAGAGCUGGUUACAUGAAAUUGCCUGUUAGGCCUUAUAUCCCCAACCCUCUGAGAUGUUAUCAAUGUCAACGCUUUGGUCACGCUAAGACAGCCUGCCGCGGGACACCUGUCUGUGCUCGUUGUGCAGAGAAAGGGCAUGAUAGUCAGGAGUGCAAUGCCCCUGAAAAGUGCAUUAAUUGCAACGGCAACCAUCCCUCUUAUUCUCGUUUAUGCCCCAAAUGGCAAUUAGAGAAAAAAAUUGUUGCUGUAAAAUUUAAGGAAAAUAUACCUUACCCUGAAGCCAGGCGCAAGGUUAUGGCUGAGACACCUACACCAGGUAUCACUUAUGCUUCUGCUGCUCAAGGAUCUAAUGCAAAAACAACUGUUGAAACCAAAACUCAUGAAAAUUCCCCCACUUCUGAUUCAGAGAAAUCAUCAAAUAAUGUUACAGAAACCUCCAAACCACAUAAAAACAAACUUAAAUCGAAAUCUCAGAAAUCAUUAAUGUUAAAACUGUCCAAACGUGGCCUAUCUUCACAAGACGUGCCUUCUAAAUUAAAAAAAUCACUCUUUCGAAACUCCGUCGCUCUUGGACUGGUGAAUAAAGGCACAGUCCACAAGGAUUUGACAUCCAUUUUCGGCGGCGUUUCCAAAAGUACUGAUUUAAUUUCUCUCUAUCCAUCUGAAGAAGAGGAUGAAGAUUUUAAAAUGAGUUGUGAUAUUUCAGCAACUCAAUCAAAUGUUCCCAAUAUCUUUGAUGCAACCUAG